AUAUUUCCCGUGGGGUCUCCUGCUUUUUGUCAUCGUGUUCAUGACCCAAUCCACCUGUGCAACUUCUCUAACUUUCUAGACCUCUCUCUCUGUCUCUGCCUCCAAUUCAGUUCUCUUUUUCUUCAGCUCACCAUGACAACAGCACUAUUCAACCCUUCCAAUGGCAACUCUUUCCAUUACUACACACUCUUCAUUGUCUCCAUGGCUUCCCAAGAAGAAGAACAAGAACAACACAGGCCCAACUUUCAACAAAAACCCGUUUGGCCAAAAGACCCACCUCCCAUUUUCUCUAUACUCUAAACCCAGUUCAAGAAAACCUCUCAGGUUCUCUAUCAACAAAGAUGAGCUGCAAGAAAGCGAACCCACUUCUUCUUCUUCUUCCUCUGUUGCUGUAGUUUCUGAAAAGCCAAGUGAAGGCGAUGAAGAUACACAGAAGAAGAGCGAGUUGUCUUCAGAAGAAAUUGAUGAGCUGCAAGAAAUGGACUGGAAGACAGACGAGGAGUUCAAGAAGUUCAUGGGAAAUCCUUCGAUAGAGGCGGCUAUAAAGCUGGAAAAGAAGAGAGCAGAUAGGAAGCUGAAAGAGCUUGAUAGGGAAAGCAGUAGUGAUAAUCCACUUGUGGGGUUUUUCGCUGGAGUGGUGAGAGAUAGUUUGGCUAGAGAAAAGGAGAGGUUGGAGAAAGCUGAAGAGACCUUUAAAGCACUUGAUCUUAACAAGUUGAAGAACUGUUUUGGGUUUGACACAUUUUUUGCAACUGAUGUUCGGCGUUUUGGAGAUGGGGGCAUCUUUAUUGGAAAUUUGAGAAGACCCAUUGACGAGGUAAUUCCCAAACUGGAGAAGAAGCUGUCUGAAGCGGCCGGGAGGGAGGUAGUUUUAUGGUUCAUGGAAGAAAAAACAAAUGACAUCACAAAGCAGGCUUGUGUGGUGCAACCUAAAGCAGAAAUGGACCUCCAGUUUGAAUCAACCAAGCUGAGCAACCCCUUGGGUUACGUUAGUGCGAUAGUCUUAUGUGUUACAACUUUUGGAACUAUAGCUCUGACAAGUGGCUUCUUCUUAAAACCCGGUGCAACAUUUGAUGAUUAUAUAGCUGAUGUUGUGCCUCUCUUUGCUGGCUUCAUUUCCAUUUUGGGAGUAUCUGAGAUAGCCACAAGGGUAACAGCAGCUCGUUAUGGUGUCCAAAUCAGCCCAUCUUUUCUUGUGCCAUCCAAUUGGACAGGGUGCUUGGGAGUCAUGAAUAAUUAUGAAUCUCUGCUUCCAAAUAAGAAGGCUCUUUUUGAUAUCCCAGUGGCACGUACAGCUAGUGCAUAUUUGACAUCUCUUGUACUCGCAGUUGCUGCAUUUGUAGCUGAUGGAAGCUUUAAUGGAGGGGACAAUGCUUUGUAUAUAAGGCCACAGUUUUUCUACAACAAUCCCUUGCUUUCUUUCAUCCAAUUUGUUAUUGGACCAUAUGCGGAUGACCUUGGAAAUGUAUUGCCAUAUGCAGUGGAAGGUGUUGGAGUUCCUGUUGAUCCGCUUGCUUUUGCUGGACUUUUAGGAAUGGUGGUGACUUCUUUGAACUUGUUGCCUUGUGGAAGAUUGGAAGGAGGUCGCAUUGCGCAAGCUAUAUUUGGAAGGAGCACUGCUGCCUUGCUAUCUUUUGCCACAUCACUUUUGCUUGGUAUAGGUGGCCUGAGCGGUAGUGUCCUGUGCUUGGCAUGGGGGUUAUUUUCAACCUUCUUCCGGGGUGGAGAGGAAAUACCUGCAAAAGAUGAGAUCACUCCUUUGGGAGAUGACAGGACUGCAUGGGGUAUUGUCCUUGGCCUUAUCUGUUUCCUAACUCUUUUCCCCAAUGGGGGAGGUACAUUUUCCAGCUCGUUCUUCAGUGAGCCAUUUUUUAGAGGUAACUUGUAAAUAAUUUGUAUUAUUGUGUAUUAAGUUCUUCAGAUGUUUUAGUGGAUCACUGUAGUUUCAUUAAAACAAAAACUGAUCCGUAGAUCUGCCAUAAUAUAGAAAAGAAAUAUCGUAGCAAAUUAUUUCCAUGUAAGAUAGUGUAAGACAAAGGUAAAAGAUCUCUAUGUUACAUGUGAUCAUUUGGAAAUUAUUUAGGUUAGGUCUUCUAGCUUUUGGUCUUA